GGCCGGCGCCAUGGCGGAGGCGGCGGGCGGCGGCUGCGGCAGCGGCACCGCCACCGUCACCGAGAGCGGCGCCGCCGAGCCGGAGAACCGCAGCCUGACGCUGAAGCUGCGCAAGCGCAAGCCCGACAAGAAGGUCGAGUGGUCGAGCGACACCGUCGACAACGAGCACCUGGGCCGCCGCUCGUCCAAGUGCUGCUGCAUCUACGAGAAGCCGCGGGCCUUCGGCGAGAGCUCCACGGAGAGCGAGGAGGAGGAGGAGGACGACGAAGGCUGCGGCCACGCGCACUGCGUCCGGGGCCACAAGCGGGGCCGGGGGGGGCCGGCGGGGGCCGGCGCCGGGCCA